GUAGUAUCUUUACCGGAAGUGUACAUGUUUUCCAUGUCAUAUUCCAGAAUAAUCUGUCAAAUAUCUCGUUAAAGAAUCUGAUUCCAUCCUUCUUUAUAGGUGUAAUUUUUAGACUUUGAAAUGCCUGCAGCAAGGAAAACGAAAGGGCCUAGUAAGUCCGAAUAUAAGGACAAGGAAAAGCCGACACAAAUAAGGAUUAGCAACAUCGAAGCAGCAAAGGCGGUUGCUUCUGCCAUCAGAACCAGUUUAGGUCCAAGAGGAAUGGAUAAGAUGAUCCAAGCCUCCAAUGGUGAUGUCACUAUAACCAAUGAUGGUGCUACAAUUCUCAAGCAAAUGCAAGUCCUUCAUCCUGCUGCAAAAAUGUUGGUAGAGCUGUCAAAGGCACAAGAUGUUGAAGCUGGAGAUGGAACAACAUCUGUCUGUGUUAUUGCUGGAAGUCUGUUAGAAGCAUGUGCUAAACUUCUGUCUAAAGGUAUCCAUCCAACAAGUAUAUCAGAAGCGUUCCAGAAAGCUGCAGAAAAAUCCCUGGAGUUACUGGAAAGUAUGACCACACCACUGGAUCUGAAUGAUAGGGAGUCCCUCCUUAAAAGUGCGUCAACAUCCCUCAACUCUAAGGUGGUGUCGCAAUACUCUAGUAUACUUUCACCUAUAGCUGUAGACGCUGUUCUCCAAGUGAUAGAUCCAGCUGUAGCCAAUAAUGUUGAUUUGAAUGAUAUCAAAUGUGUUAAAAAAUUAGGUGGAACAGUAGAAGACAUUGAACUGAUUGAUGGUUUGGUAUUUGACCAGAAGACACAAGGUGUUGGUGGACCAAACAAAGUGGAGAAAGCAAAGAUUGCUCUUAUACAAUUCUGUAUAUCCCCACCCAAAACAGAUAUGGAUAACAGUGUAAUAGUGUCAGAUUAUACCCAAAUGGACAGAGUGUUGCGAGAGGAGAGGCAAUAUAUUCUCAAUAUUGUGAAACAAGUGAAGAAAGCUGGCUGUAAUGUACUUCUUAUACAAAAAUCCAUUCUCAGGGAUGCAGUGAGUGAUUUGGCUCUUCAUUUCUUAGCUAAGAUGAAAAUUAUGGUAGUAAAAGAUAUUGAAAGAGAAGAGAUUGAAUUUGUAUGUAAGAGUUUGAAUUGUCGUCCUAUUGCUAGUUUGGAUCACUUUUUACCAGAAGCAAUGGGCAGUGCAGAGCUUGUAGAGGAAAUACAUACAGGACCUAGCAAAAUUGUCAAGAUCACGGGUAUAUCUAACCCUGGAAGGACUGUUACUGUGCUGAUGAGAGGUUCUAACAAACUAGUGCUGGAGGAAGCUGACAGAUCUCUCCAUGAUGCUCUCUGUGUCAUUAGAUGUCUUGUUAAGAAAAGGGCACUGAUAGCAGGAGGUGGAGCCCCAGAGAUAGAACUGUCCAUCAGUCUGAUGGACUAUGCCAACUCACUGUCUGGCAUGGAGCAGUAUUGUUUUAGAGCAUUUGCUGAGGCAUUAGAGGUUAUACCAUUCACAUUGGCAGAAAAUGCAGGUCUAAACCCUAUAGCCACUGUCACAGAACUGAGGAACAGACAUGCUCAAGGAGAGAAAACAGCUGGUAUUAAUGUUAGAAAGGGAGCAAUUACAAAUAUCCUAGAAGAGAAUGUUGUCCAGCCUCUACUUGUCUCACAAAGUGCUAUACAUCUGGCAUCAGAAACUGUUCGAAGUAUCAUGAAAAUUGAUGAUAUUGUAAACUGUUUAUGAGUACAGUGAUGUGUGUGCGAGUUCUGGAUCAAAAGAGAGAAUUUCUUACAUAACUACAACCAAGAAAUGGGCAGUGAAAAUAUAUUUGACUUGAAUUUAAAAAUUGAUGACAGUGAAAGAAUAUAACUUCUAUCCAACCAGUCUUGUCUACAGAAAUACACAAUAUAUUCAAGAAGAUUUAGCUGAAAAUAAAACGUUUUUUCUGCAGUGUAGCAGCAUAUCGUACUGAUUUCAGUGUUUUUGUCACAUUUUCUUGUGUUGUAGAGAUCUACUGGACUAUUGUGUUCAUCAUUAAUCUGGUGUCACCAUCAUUUCAGUACACAAUAUAUUUAUUUAUUAAUAAAAUACGUUUUCUGCAAUAAUUUCCAGAAUUUGUUUCAUUAGUAACUUGGAAGCAAAUUUCAUUUUUAAUAAAAAUGUGAUCUGUGCAGUUAUUCUUUGUGAUAGCUUUGAAUAAGCAUGGGUUUAAGGAUUACAUAAGACAGGAAUUGAUGGAGGUAGUACAUGUUCACACAGCAUAACAUACUAAUACCCAGUCUAUAUGUCCUUAAACAUGUGCAAAUUACUAUUCAUCAUGUUCAUACAUCCCUCUUAUUUUGAAGAUUUUUUUGCUGAAAACCUUUGUACAUGAAUGUGCUUUUGUAGUGUGAAUUUUAUAUUAAAUGAUCAAAGCCUAA